AUGCCAGCAGGUCCAUUAAGUAUUGUGCAUGUGUGUCUGCGAUCAUUUCGUUUUGUCAAACGGAGCGGCCCGAAAGCGCGCACACACACACACACUGAUGGAUUCUCUUCUCUCUGUGUCAUUCCUCUUGAAGAUAUUCAUGAUUUCUGCCUCAGCAUACGCCGUUAAUCUCGAAGGGGAACUUUUCAAGGAUUUGAUGAAAGGGUACAACAAGAAAGUGAGGCCCGUGGAGAACAGUGGGGAUGUCACGCAGGUGACACUCAAGAUGACCCUGACCAACCUCAUCUCCCUGAGUGAAAAGGACGAGGCCCUGAUGACGAGUGUUUGGAUUGAAAUGCAAUGGUGCGACUACAGGCUCAGAUGGGACCAACCACCUCGAUCCACCUUAUACAAGAACAUCACCUCGCAGCUACGCCUGCCCUCCAAGAAGAUCUGGCUCCCCGACGUCAUCCUGGAGAACAAUGUGGAUGGACAAUUCGAAGUGGCGCUGUAUUGUAACGCGCUGGUGUCUCCUGACGGCUGCGUGUACUGGUUGCCCCCCGCCAUCUACCGCAGCGCUUGUCCCAUCACCGUCAACUAUUUCCCCUUCGACUGGCAGAAUUGCACCAUGGUGUUCCGCUCCCAGACCUACAGUGCCAAUGAGAUUGAACUCGUUCUGAAAAAGGAGGACAACGUAACUCUGGAGUGGGUUGAUAUUGACCCCGAGGCUUUCACGGAAAAUGGAGAAUGGGCCAUCAAACACAGACCAGCAAAGAAGGUGAUCAACAACCAGUUCACCAAAGAUGACCCGGAAUACCAGGAAUUGGUCUUUUUCCUCAUCAUCCAGAGAAAGCCCCUCUUCUACAUCAUCAACAUCAUCGCUCCUUGCGUGCUCUUUUCCUCUCUCUGCCUGCUUGUUUACUACCUACCCGCCAAAGCCGGGGGCCAGAAGUGCACCAUGUCCAUUGCUACUCUUCUGGGCCAGACUGUGUUCCUUUUGCUCAUUGCCAGAAAGGUUCCAGAAACGUCCAUGGCGGUUCCUCUUAUCGGAAAGUAUCUGAUGUUUGUAAUGUCCGUGACCACCAUUGUAGUGAUGAACUGCGUGAUCGUUCUCAACAUAUCGCUGAGAACACCAAGCACUCACGUGAUGUCAGACCAAGUCAGAAAGAUCUUUCUUAACGUGCUGCCUCGGCUGUUGAGAAUGCAAAUGCAACCCUGGACACCCAAUCGUGACGCCGCCGCUGAACCCGCUAAAGGUGACGCCGGAGUCGACGACAGAACAGAAAUACAUCUGGUCCCAUGUCGGCGCCGCAGCUCCAUGACGUUAAUCAACAAGGCGGAGGAAUAUAUACUGAAAACAGCUCGGACUGAACUCAUGUUUGCCCGACUCCAAGACAGAAAUGGACUGAUGAAGUCAGUCUUUGAGACGUUGAACAAAGGCCUGGAAGAGGGAACAGCCGAGCGACUUAGUCUAAGUUUGGCAAAAGCUGCCCCGGAACUCAAGCAGUGCAUUGCUUCGUGUAAACACAUCGCAGAGACGACAAGGCAACAGAGCAACUAUCAAAACGAGAAUGAAGAGUGGAUCCGCGUCGCCCGGGUCAUCGACCGGGUCUGCUUCAUUGUCAUGGCUUUGCUCUUCUUCGUUGGCACCAUCGCCAUCUUCCUAUUGGGUCACUUCAACCAGCCGCCGUCUUCUCCCUUCCUGGGGGAUCCCAAGAAGUACCUUCCCACGAAAGAAAAUCUCACGCUAGCCGAUACCAGAUCAAGGGAGGACCUGCUGGGUUGAAGCGGAUCGCCUCAUGUCCUUUCUUUCAAAGUUGAAUUUGGUUGAUUAAUUGGUUGUUAGCUGUGCUAACACAGUCACGAUGACAGCGAUGUACUGGUACUAGUUUGUUGUAAUCCAAGAACACCUUGUAAUCUGUUAAGGACUGCACAGUGCCUUUGUAGGUCAAAUUCAGAAUGGCUGCCUUUUCUAAAAGUAUUUAUGCUACAAAGUGUCUCAAAAGUUUAAUGGGCAGUGUACUCUCCAAUGUUUUUUCACCGUGCAAGCGCACUUCUCAAACGCCUUCAAUUUCACCAACGGUAGUGUCCAUGAGCUUUUUGUAGCUGAAGGAUUUUUAUUAUUUUGGAUCUCCUACGACUGGUGGUGUAGGUGAGUCUCCAUGAUGCUCUUUGCUAACACUCAGUGCUAAUGCUAUAUGACGGCUAGCUGCAGCCCAAAACUGUUCAAUUCCAAAUGUUGUCAAAGCGAAGUUUGUAUUUGUUGAUUGGGUACAUGUUAGCUGGACUUGACACAAGAAAGUGGCAACAAUAAUAAAAUAAAUUGUUUGUGGAGUCUAGAAAUUUACAUCAUUGGCUCUGCCUUGCUAGUGAAUAAUUUGGACAUGAAACUCUUUGCUAAAAUGUCAAUAAUAAUAAACAUAGAAAAAAUAUAUAUAUUUUACUGUCUCUUGUCAUUUCCAGCUAAACGACGCCUGUUUACCUUUGACACAAAAUGUUGCUACCGUGCUAUGUUACUAUAGUUUAUGUUUUACAUGAUGUUGGUUGAUUUCAUGUUACAUUUAUAAAACAGCAAACAUGUUUAAAAUGUUCCUUAAACAUUUCCUGGACAGUUUUAAUAAAAUGUUUCAUGAUUAUGACAGUUUGGAGCAAAUUGUACUUCGUUUUUAAAAAAAAAAAAUUUUUGUUUUCAUGGUAAUAAUUUCUCAUGCUACGUACACUGGCUAGCCCUGAUCUGUACUUUACUCAAGGGAACCAAAGUGGUCCAAGCAGACAUCAGUAGUGCCAGCUUCAUUUUUGGUCUUCAACCUGCCAAGUUGGCGCCCCCAAGCCAAGUUCUAACAGCUAGUGCGGCAAUGCCCCAGCGGGCAACAAACUCAGACUUAGUGACCCCCC